UUAUUAAUAUAGUACAUGGAUAAAGAAUACAUUGAUUGUUGCGCAAGUCCAAAAACUACUGGUCAAACCAAGUUACUCGAAAGUUCUAUUGCUUUCGAUAGUUCUACAGGAUCAAGACGGGGCAGGCGAUGAUCGUAGAUUUAGCGAUUCUUUUGAGUAAAAACGUUCACACGGUAUCCUUUUCUUUAACAACCGGUCGGACUCGAAGGUGCAGUUCAAAAAAUCGACGCCGGUCUCGCCAGGUCUUAAACUACAAUGAUGCUUUUCGAAAUUUACGCGGUUUUUCUCGUAGCAGCAGUCCAUUAGCGCCCCGGUAUGCGCACGCAUGCGUCGCACACUGUGAUUGGCUAGCGGAGCGGACUGUCAUAUGAUGAAGCUGCGUGGCAUCAUGGGAAGCCUAUUGCAAUUUUUCAACAUGGCGGUGGAAUGAGCCUAAGUUGUGGAGCCGUGCCGUCGUAAAAUGUAUAUUUCGUAGUAGCUCGAGACACCGUAUCGCUUUUGUAACGUGCGCGACGGUAUAAAGUGUCUCCAGGCCGAUCGGAACGGUGCGUAUCACGUGUAAAUAUGUAUGUGACGGUGCGCAACGGCACACUGAAGGUGACACCCCGCGACUCCGUGUGGUGCUCGAGCACGUAUGGCAGAGACUAGAAUCCGAGAUAAGGGAGCCCUGAUCUUUCUGUGUGGUGCGCGUCGCCUUCUACGACUCGCCCCGACGUUUUAGCGAUGCUCUGCCCGCCUAGGCCGAACUGUGAAAGUAUACGUGCAGCACCACGAAUCUACUUUAAUAUCUACGCUUAGUGAUUUACGUGUACGGCGUGCGUACACAAUCCGAAGAUAUACGAGGGUCGCUAGAAGACCCGAUGGUUUCCUGACAUGAUGGAAAGCAAGUUGUACGUGAAGAAUGAGCCGGGACUUGAAGGGCAAUCGCUCGCGAAUGCACAGCCCAAUCCUUUGACAGCGGAUGAUGUUGGAGGGCCACGAAUAUGCUUCGUCUGCGGCACCCUCGGCCACGGCGAGCACUAUUGGCUCCGCGUCAAGCCGAGUCCUGGUGCAGCGCCGAACGAGCCUUAUUUCCCAUUCCUGGAGUCGCACGAACCGCCUAAUGGUUAUAGGGGUGAAGGUAUCAGAAGUGGAGCCGUCAAGGCGUGUAGUCUCUGUUAUGCUCUCCUCCUGCAACAAUGGGAAAGUUAUGAAAGGGAUGCGAGGCCUCAUAGUCAACGAAUCUAUUGGCUAAAGAGAUGUGACGGAGGUCCAUUCACUGGUGCCGAAAUGGCUCUCCAGGGUGAGUACGCCGCCCAGGUACUUGGACUGACAAACGAUCAGCCGCCACAGCCUAGACAGGAGAGUCGUUCAGUGGGAAUCUCGCCAAGACUUCCAACGAAUUCGCCAUCGCCUAGAGUCGAGCAAACAAGGCCGCCAUCUAACUCAGUAGAGCUGCCAAGACCGCACUCCAACACCGCGGAUCCAUCUCGACAUCUUGAACAGGCGAGACUCACUAUGGAGUCACCGCAUCAGAGAUUGCAAUCGCCUCAUCAAAGACUGCAGAGUCCUCGGCAGCCCGUCGAGGAGCCAAGAAUUUCCAACGAAGCCGCCCUGGACUUAAGGCACGCACCGAGGAGUUCACCGGCUCCGCAGUCCAGUUUGCCUCCUCAACCGCAAGUCGCAGAGUUGCGUGACCGUUUGCUGCAAGCCAUCGCGACAUCUCAAGACGAAAUGGUCCAGUCGAAGAACUCUAAUCCCAUCUAUAGUGGAGGCUCUACGUCCAGCGUGGGGACGGAUAUCCUGGAUCUCUCGAUGCCGGACAAGAAUUCUGUUACCGAAGUCUGUUAUGUCUGCGGAGAUGAGUUCAAGCGAGGAUCACUCAGUCACAUAGCAGCGAAACCACUGCCAACGCCACCACAUCCUGCCUCCAGUCCUCCGCCGUUCUUCCCAUCCCUAAUGUUACAUCCUAGACCAAGCAGAAGUCGUCCAAUGGACAGUGCUGGUCGUGUGCAAGCCUGCUCCGCAUGUCAGAAUCACCUGUUACUCCAGUGGAAAGCUUAUACACGUCAGGGUGUGCCACACGGUGAUCGGAAUUAUACUCUUCGUAAACGUCAGGCACCUGCAAUGGAUACUACUAAUUUCAUUUGCUACACCUGCGCCCUAGAGUACCCAUCGUCCAGUAUUAGGCUGCUGUACUGCUGCCCCAAUCCCGAGAAGGAGGCAUAUUUUCCCUUCAUCUGUUCUCUAAGACCACCUCCUGGUGCCAGUCCGAUAAGUCCCCAGGGCAUGGUACAGGUUUGCUCUAUCUGUUACAAGGCCAUACCCCAGAAGCAGCAAGUCUUCAGCGGGGAGAAUCACGAAGCUCAGCCUGCAGGGCAAAAUAUGGAUUUUCGACAGCAAGGUCCCUCGCCACGACCUGCUGUGGCUAAAUCGCCAGCAAAUUCGGCUGGGAGUGACAUUCGGUUUAAACCUUACGACCUGAACAAGUCGACGGUAGUUGUUAGUAAACAACGUAAUGCGGGUGUGAAAGCACCGCCUCCGGGUCAACGAAAUUCACCAAGUAACGGUCCUGCCGAAAAUGGUACGGUCGCUUUAGGACAAAAUUACAGGUGCUAUAUAUGCGAGAGACUAUAUCCUCGUACACACAUGGAAUGGCUCUCGACGAGUCCUGAAGGUAUGAACUCCCAUGCAAUGCAUUUUCCCUGUCUGAGAGGAAUGGCCAGGACUUCUGAAAAUGCCUGUAUGGAUAGCCACGGAAGAGUUCUUGCUUGUAGUCACUGCGUAAAUCAUUUAGCGCAGCAAUGGGAAAACAUGGAUGCUGAGCGUAUGCCUUUAGAACGUCGCAGGUACAAUAUUCCUAGUCCACAUCCAAACGGCGACGUUAGCCGUUCCAUAGCCACACCACCGAGUUCAAGCUCGGACCGUACCUUCGGUAGUAAUCCAGGAACCUCCAGCAGCUCUAUUUACUGCUUCCUCUGCGGUUUACACAGUGACCUCACUCUGGCCAGAGUCCUCUACGGCCGUCCACAGGGACGGAACGCACCAUUUUUUCCUGAACUGUUACGGCAUCAGUCACCACCGAAUGCGGAACAACUCAGAGAGGAUGGAUCCGCCCUGGUUUGCACCUUUUGCUAUCACUCCCUACUCGCCCAGUGGCGACGAUAUGAGAGCCUCUCCAGUGGACAGCAGGUGAACGCUGCUGAGAGACAGUACGACACCCACGAUUAUUGCUGCUACGUGUGCGGCAUCACCACCUACAGGAAACGGGUAAGGGCCCUGCCCGUCAAGGACUUCCCGUUCCUCAGGUAUCAUCGACAACCUGAGAAGAGUUUACUCCUGGAGAAUGGAGACUUCGCCGUGGUGUGUCUUGACUGUUAUGAGACUCUACGCACUCAGAGUCUAGAGUACGAGAGAUGGGGAUUGCCCGUUGAAAAGAGGGAGUACAAUUGGAUAGUUCAGCCGCCUCCACCAGAAGACAGUCCUGAAGCAGCUAUAGCAAGACUACCGUCUGGAGAAAGAUCUGAGAAGGUGGUACCGCCAACCUUGACCGUGCGAUCUGCGCACAAGAACUGUUCGCCCAAGGCACCCGAGAAGAAGACGCAAGGAAAACUGCUGGAAAAAGAACAAGGUCUCCAACCAGCCAGUACGAAGGCCCAACCAACGUCAAUUGGCAAAUCGCACAGACCAAGCUCAGGUGUCCUACCGCAGGGACAUACACCCGGUCCAGGUCCCGGUGGACAACAGAAUAGUAGAAGCUUCGCAGCAGCCUUAAGAGAUUUGGCAAAACAAGCAGGACCGGCGCCCCAAGAGGAGGAACCUCGUGCGAGUCCAAAGAACAGGGCGCCGCCACCCCUAGUCCGUGGACCGUCUCCUGCAAAGGAACGCUCGACGCAUGAACGUAGACAGGAAGAGAUACCCUCAAUGUAUACAACCGCCAGGGCUGGCGAAACUAACAAACACAGUGUCGCUGCGGCCUCCGAACUUCUGGCCCGCUCUGGUUUUCAACCUUAUCGGCCCGAGCAUCAUCCGGCCCAUGCUCCUCCGGCCUUCGCCUUGGAUCCUGCGGCCUACAGCCCUUACCAUCAUGGUCUCUAUCCACCGCCACACCUGCAGCACGCUUAUAGAUUAGAGGAACAAUUGUACUUGGAAAGGUGCGGAAUGCUGAGACCACCCCUAUUUCCUGGGCUACCCUCGUAUCCUCUCUAUGGAUUGAGGUACAAUAAUGACAUAUUGCCACCGGCUUCCUUGGGGCUGAUGUCACCGGUGAUGCACGAGCGGCUAAAAUUAGAGGAGGAACACAGGCUGAGACAAGCUCGCGAGCAGGCUGCGCUGCGCGAGGAGGAGGAAAGGAGAAGAAUCGUACGAAACUCUGCUUCAUCGGCUCCGGUUCCUGCACCUGCACCUGCAUCCGCCGAUACUGCAGCCAGGAAGCCGACCAUAGCGGCUCAGUUGCACAGCGAGCGGGAGCGUGAGCGAGAACGGGAACGGGAGCGACCGGGCAACGUCGGGAAUGGCUCGAUUCCUGGGAACUCCUCGAGCAGCGGUGGCCACCAUGGAGGAAGCAGUUCCAAUAUUAGGAAGGAACAAGAUCAGCAACCCAGUCCAGCCCCAUCGGUACCCACGGAUCCAGGAAGCCUCUACCAUCCCAGAUUGCCACCAUUCCCGAGUCCAGCAGCACCCAUGGGACCGGCGUCCCUGGGAUCAGCUUCCAUCUGCUCCGUCAGCUCUGCUCCAAUGCCACCACCGCCCUUGGGACCCAGCCUGCCACCCUUGAACCUUGGUCCUCCGCCUCCUAUAAGUUCUGCUCCUAUAGGGCCACCUCCCAUACCCUCGAUAUCGUCCAUACCAUCCCUUGCUCCUGGGGUCAUAGGACCACCACCCCCUCCGCCGCCACCCCUCAACAUGCCACUGGCCCCUAUAAUAUCAAUUCCUUCUCUGCAUUUGCCCCCAGUGCCGUCGAGUACCAUUCAUUCUAGUCAGCACUCCACAAUAAGUAUCGCUACCGCCACGACCACCAUUACCACAUUGACCUCCACAGCCGCAACGACCUCCAGCGUCUACCAGCAACCGCGCAACCUCGUCAAUUCGACAGGGUGCACCACUACUAGCUCCCUGUCCGGGAGCGGGACAAUGACCACUCAUGCGACUCACACGUUAGCCACUCCUGGUGCGAUACCGUCGAGUCAUACCAGUACUUCGAGUACCACUCGGAAGUCACCGCCAUUAUCCCUAUCUCUGUCUCAUGGACACGCUAUCAGAAGUGCAAAAGAGUCGACGACAUCCGCGAUGACAACUUCCACGUCAAGCCCCAUCACCACGACUGUUACUACCACUGUUACCAGCCAGCCGCAACCUGCUUUUGUCAGGCCCUUCGAGGACUCGUUUCGUACCACGUCGAAGCCACAGCCUCCACGUUCUCUCCUCAAUAGUCAUGUACAGAGUGUGAUCAAUCACCAGGAACCGUCGGGAAAACAGGUGUUGGGCAAUCAAGCCCAAUUGGGUCAGGAAGCAACCACAGAAUGUAAAGGAAACACCAUUCAACAACCGUCCAAUCAGGCUUCCAUGAUAGCCUAUCCUCCGCCACAGUUCCAUCAUCCUCACAUUCCUGUUCCCCACGUUCCAAGUCUUUAUAAGUCUCCUCACUUCACGCCUCCGCCGCCUCAUCAACAACAACAACAUCAGCAACACCACUCAGCGACUAAGCUUAAUAUACCUACUCCCAAUUCUGGAUCGACGGGAAAUUUAAAUAGUACCAAGAGUUCUCUGCUGUCCACGGAAUCGCAGGUCGCUGUAGUCACGUCUCAGCGUGCAGAGUUACUUCAGGCAAAUGUGAAUAACAACAAUUGUAUAACAGAGAAAAACGGAAGUUACUACGGUAACAAUCACAUUACUGGAGCUAAGAUAUUGAACUCCAAUCACAAAGGCGCUUUGGAUACUAACCGAGAUGGUAAAUUGAAUGGCGAGAAGAGCGAGGAGCGUGUUAAGAAUAUUCAAACGAAUAUCGCAGCCCAAACGACGAUAACGAUAACGACAACCACGACCACGACGACGACCACUACGUCGACGAUGUCCUUGCAAAAUCAUUCGACGAUGAAUUCGCUCCUAGACAAAGUCCCACUGUCCCAUCCGACUUACGAGCCAAACAAGGUGCAAAAUAUUUAUCAGCCGGCGUGCUUCAGUCUCAACGAAAAGGACUGUAACCAGGACAUGGAUCUUAAGCCGCAGGUCGAUCAGAGCAUCAUCCUGUCUACGUUACCCUUUCAGUCAAGCCUUAAGUUCAACCUGAACGACGUCUCUCAGAAACCCAUCGACACGGCGCAGCUCAUGCAAAGUAUCAAAUCGGAGGAAGUGCUGCGCACCUGUCAGAAUGUGUCCAACGUUCUUCUUCAGAUACCAAAAUACCAAGAGAAGCUUCUCAAUUUUUCAAGCAGCGAGCUCAAGACAGCAUUUUGCUUUACCGACAAGUGCAAUAAUUUGACUGAGAUUUCCGUGAAGUGCGAGUCGCCGAUAUUGAACGUACCCGACCUCAGCAAGGCCCUGGUCAAACAGGAGGCCUGUAGAGAGAGGUCAUCCUUCCUCGUGCCUGAAAAACCCAAGGAGCUUACUUCGACCCUUGACCUCGCCGAGAAGAGGCGUAAGCGUAGAAGAGAAAAAAACUCUGGUAUAGCCUGUAGCUCCGAUUCCGAGGGCGAGGACGAUGCUAAGGAUGUGGAUUUGUGGAUCACCAAGGGUCCACCUGCCAAGCUUCGCUACUCUGACAAGAAAUUGUCUUUCCUCGCCAUGUUCGGAUUGACUACACUCAGUACGAGGAAUGAAAUGGAGCUCUACAAAGUGGAAAAGAGGUACAGACUGAAUCCAGAUCCACCGGAGCCGCCUUUGGAGACUGAACCGAUAGUAGAAUCGAUUUUGCCAAUCCCAAAGGAACAUCCGGAUGUGCUGUUGCAGUGUCCGGAUUUGGCGCCUAAGGUUGGCUUUCUGAAAACAAUUGGCCUCGAUUUGAUGCCACCGAGCAAGCGAGAUGAAGCUGAAAUCACCUGGCAGUACGUGUUGCAAGAUCGUAAGAAACGUAAGAGUACCAACACAGUAACAGCCUACUGCGAGAGGAUCGCCAAGAUUUACGCAAAGAAUCCACCUCCGUUACCAAGAGGACCGCAGAAGAUAAGAUUACUCGACAGAGUAAAAGUGAAACAGCAUCCUGAACGUCCUCCGCCUUUACCACCCCUAGUUUCAAAUAUCGUCGCGUCGUACUAUCCAAUUCUACCAAUGCCUGGUGAGAAUGGCGUGAAGCAGCACUGUAAAAUAGUGGAGCUUGACACCGGGGAAGUAUUCGUGGACGAAAAACCAGAGAAGCCCAGGUGGAGCGGUAUCGAGGACAUAAUGCUGGCUUAUAGAGAGUAUUCUAAAGAAAAAUCAAUGGAAAGAAAGAUCUUGGCAAGUCAGACCUCAAGGCUGGCCGCACAAUCGAACAGCUUACGAUCCGAGGCCAUCCAGUUGGAGCGUCGACGAUGCGAACUCCUGUCGUCCAGGAACACACUCGAUUCCGAAAGGCGAGUACUCAGCGAGAAGAUUGAGAGGAUAAAUUCCCUCGUGAGAAAUCUUAGGUAGCGAUGCGCAACGCACAACACGGAAACUCAUUCAUCUGUGAUAUUAUCCACGGGUUAAGGGCCGUUGGUACGCGAAUAUGACCUACUGGAGGAAGGAAGGAAAAAGAGAGAGAAAGAAAUGAGGAGAGGCAAAGAAGGAUUGAAGGGGAAAAAGAGAAUAAUAACAAGGAGUAAUUACUUAGCAAGGAGUUAGAUAAGUAAGCGUAAUAAGGGUUACAUUGACCAAAUGUACAGCGUUGGUUCGACUUUAAGUUUGAUUUUUUGUUCGAUUCGCGUGAAUACCCAGACGUUCCUAAUUACCUUUCAUCUCCUAUGUAACAAAAAGGACAUGGCGUCUGUUAAUGGAAACCAGCCUAAUCGUCACACGACGUUCCCCAGGUAUUCCUAUGGAUUGACAGUCGGACGCAGCCGACGUUUAGUAUUUAAUUGUAAUAAAGAAUCAUAUCAUUAACGGCGUGCACAUGUAUAAAAAAUGGAUUGUAUAGAAAAAAAGGGAAGGCAAAAAUACAAUGAACAAAAAAAUAACAAAAUUAAAAAAGGAAGAUACGAAUUUCUUACUACUGACGAAAAAAUGGAUAAGGUUUUUUAAUAUUUUAUAAUAGUCCCGCUGACUGACGGCUCUUAAACCCAAAGUAUAACAAAUAAUUGUAAUUUGUAUCAUAAUAUUUUAAACGAGAACUCAGAGUAAAAGCAGGGGCAAAGCGGAAGAGCUGAUAGAAACAGAGUAAUGAGUAGUGAGGGACGAGAGAGAGAGAGACGGGAAGGGAAAGAAGCACCAUGUAACUUAUUUUAUUCGCCGUAAUGUGAACUUGAAUAUUGAGUUUAUUCGAGACGAUGUUGUAUCGUGCGAUUUGUAUUGUCUACCGAUCUUAGUAAGGGUUAUAAUUAAUGAAAAUAACAAAGACCGAUCGGACAUAGGAGCGAAGGACGUCGGAAGAAAAAAAAUAAUAAAAUGAACGGAUGUCGAAUACUUUAUCAUGUCUCAAUGCAACAUUUCUUUUUUCUUUCUUUCUGGGACUAAUAUCUUACUAUGAGAUAUUCAUCUAAUUACAGUUUAUAUGAAAACACUGAUAUAACCUGUGUUCAUGCGCCAAUCCUGAAACGAAGUCAAUAAUAAUCUCAUGCGUUAAGUAUUCUUGAUCAGAAUGACAAGGCGUCAAAGCUAUCAGAGGUUCAGGAACAUCGUUCUGGCAUCUGUCGGCAGUCAUUAUCUUAACUAUUCCUUCUUUUCUAUGCCCAGGAUUCGCCAUCUCUAGGCCAGUGAAUAUAAUAUAGCAAAAACGAAAGAGGAGAAAUUUUUGGGAAAUCGAGAAAGAAUGGGAAGAGGACAAAUUAAUGAUUAUUAAUUAAGGCGGGAUACGUUGAGGUACUUAGGUGAAAGUGAUUUAACUUUCAAGGUUUUGGACUCUACGCGAGCACAUUCCACACGUAAAAUGAAAAAAGAGAGAAAGAAGAAAAGGAUUUAUAAGAAUGAUUAAUACCAACCCGACCUCCAACAUUCCACAUCAUUACCGAUCAGAACGUAUAUAACGUUAAUCAAUGAAAGCAAUUGAAAUUACAAGAAAAAAUGAAAAAUAAUAAUUGAAACGAUCGAACUAUUUUUAUGUUUUGAUAGAUUGUAAUUAUCGUAUUGACUUUUAUCCUUUUUGUUCUUCUUCUUCCCGUUCUUUUCUUACCUUUUCUUCUUUUGUUUCUCUCCACUUUGUCUUUUCUUCUUUUUCUUCUUCUUUUUCCUUUUCACCCCGUCCUUUUGUACUAUCACAUUUUAUUAUGAAUUAUGCUUAUUCUUGUCCUAUUGUCUCUCUCAGUUGAUUAAUUGUCAUUUUACCAUCGUAAUGAGAUACUAGCUUGCGUGACAAGUCGACCGUCUAUGUUUUCAACGUUUUGUUCAUUGAGUGCCUAACAUUAUCCUACAUUUGUAAAUAUCAUUAUUUUUAUGUAUUGUGUAAUAAAACGGCCUGACUCACAAUGUCGGUCUUGAUCUGGCCAAAACGAGAGCCUAGGAGUAAACUAUUGAAAAA